AUGAAUGUCUGUGAUUAUUUUCUAAAGAACUACCAAAACUUGUCAGACGAUGGUGAUGCAUGGGUACAAAGAAUGCGUUCGUCAUUUUCAAAUUUUGACAAAAAGUUUGUGUACGGAAACUCAUAUGACUUUGGAGAUUUUGAUAGCUGCAUAUCUACGAAAGUUGAUGCUUUGAAUGUUGUUGGGAAGCAUUGUAUGAUUAAAUUUCAAUCCAAAGAUGUGAUUGGAGUGAAUCCACCAUCCAGUCUUCGAAAUCUCAAAUGGAAGAACAUUGAUGUGAGUUUUGGUGGUGCCGUUUGUGUACCAAAUGAGUGUGGGAAAGAUGCAAUCAAAUAUAUAACAGAUCAGCUGUUUAAUGGAACAACCUUAACGCUGUCGACUGAUUACGAACAAGAAGAUUUCUGUCAAGUUGAAAAGUCAAUUAACAUUAAAUUUGGAGACUAUCUAUUAAUAUCAUUAAUAUUGCUUUACAUCCUUACAAUCUUUUACAUCACAUGGAGAACAAAAGGCAGAAAGUCCAACACUGAUCUUCUAUCCUCUUUUUCACUCACGUCAAGCUUAAAAUCACUUUUUGAAGUUGAAAGUUCUUCAUUUUACUUCUUGAAACCUAUUCGAGCUAUCCUUUAUAUGGGUCUAGUUCAAUUUCAUUCAGUCUUUGUUCGUGCUUAUUUUCCAUUAAGUAACUCUGAGAAAAUGCUAAAAUUUGAGGAAGGAUCUUAUUCUAAAAUCGUUUCUACAUUUCCAUUCGCUCUUACUGGAUUUUUCGUCAUCAGCAGUGUGCUUACUACAAAGAAGAUGCUUGAGCUGCUUGACAAGAAGUCAUUCAACUUCUUUGUCAUGCUGAUUGAUCGAUAUACUAGAAUUGUUAUUGUGGUGGCUGCUUUAGUCUUUGUGAAUAUUUUUGUCAAUGGGUUGGAAUUGUAUCAAGCUCCUUACUAUUUUCCUGAUCAAGCAUCUAAAGAAUGUCGAGAAUAUUGGUGGACCACACUGCUGCUAAUUCAAAACUAUUAUCAUCCAACCACCUCUCAAAUGUGCCUACCUCAAUGCUGGUUCCUAAGCGCGAAUUUCCAAUUCUUCCUAUUAACACCUCUCGUCAUUUACCCAAUUUGGAGGUGGAAGAAGUCUGUCUUUUUCAUCAUUCCAGCAUUAUUGGGCAUGUCUCAAGGCAUUAUCUUUCUCUUUGCAAUGGAACAUAAUCAGUUCCUAAAGCAGACAAACUUCUUCGCAAUCACACAUCCAAAAUUUGCCAAAUAUUAUCUCCAUUCGCAUUAUUUAGCAUCGGCUUGGAUCAUUGGAAUGCUUGUUGGUGUCUUAUUCCAUAGAUGUAAGAAGCUUGAGAUGAAUUUGGCCAUAAAGUCAGCUCUAAUCUCUUUCAUAAUCUUUAUGUUCUUCAAACUAUUUGGAUGGAAGUUUGUCUUUGAAUCUACAAAACCUAGCAUUUUCCUGUUCACAAUUGAUCGGUUGCUGCUUGCUCUCUUUGCUGCAAGUGUUCUUAUUUUAUGUAAUUACUGGGAUGGAGGCAAGAAGAAUUCAAGAUCAGCACCAAAAAAACCUAAUAAAAUUUGGGUUGCAAUUGACAAUGUUGGCUUAUCAUUGUAUGUUGUCCAUUCAGCAGUGAUUAUUGCAAGCACGGUUAUUAGAAAACAAGCUCAGACAUUCGAUAUGGUUCAUAUUUACAUCGAUAAUGUCAGUGAUUUUAUGUUAUCAUUUGAGUGUGCCAUUCUCCUUUAUCUUUUCGUGGAAAUACCGUUCAGAAAAGUCAUCAAGAAGCUUUUGAUGAAGAGAUUCAGACAACCGAAAGUUACUGAUCAAGUUUUAAAUGAUUUUAGGGUUUGA